AUGAAGUUUUACAGCUCGGUCUUUGCCGCUCUGGCAUUGACUUCUGGUCGCGUAGCAGCCCAGACGGUCGAUAUAUCAGCAACGUCAGAACUCACCUUCUUUGAAGGUACAAGGACGGCGAGAUUAACACGCCAAACCGGUCCUCCUACAGGCGCCUAUUCCUCUUACGCUUCAAAGAUCACAUUGACCUUCUCCGGCACCGAAUCAGACGAAUUGACGAGCACUUUCACGGGUCUCUUCCCUACCGACCUCACAGAGAGCACCACAUUCACCAGCAACCUGACCGAGACCGCUAGCGGUACUGAAACGACAAACGGUACCGCGACCACUACUACGAGUGCGAAGCCUACAAACACCCAGCCAUGCAACAACUACAUCGAGCUGUGCAAGCGCAAGUACGGCAACAUCACCAUGGUUGGUUGCCAUAACUCUCCCUUCGUACGACCUGGUAACUCGGGUUCCAACCAGGAGCUUGAGGUCGAGACGCAGCUUGAUGAUGGUGUCCGCUUCCUCCAGGCCCAGAUCCAGUUUCCCGCCAACUCAUCCGUCCCUCACUUCUGUCACUCGACCUGCGAUCUUCUCGACGCCGGUCCCAUUACCGACUGGCUCACUAGGGUGCGCAAAUGGGUCGACAGCCACCCAUAUGAUGUUGUCACUAUUCUCCUCGGAAACGGAAACUACUCCCAUCCUGACCUUUACGUCCCCUACAUUCGAGAGAGUGGUAUCCUUAAGUACGUUUACCAAGCUCCUUACCUGCCCAUGGCUUUGGACGACUGGCCUACUCUGGAAAGCAUGAUUGUUCGCGGCAAGCGAGUCAUCAUGUUCAUCGACUACGUGUCGGACCAGAAGAAGUACCCGUGGCUCUUGGACGAGUUCACUCAGAUGUGGGAGACUCCCUUUGACCCUCUGGACCGUGAUUUCCCCUGCACUGUGCAGCGACCUCCGGACCUGAGCUCCAAGUCGGCCAAAAACCGCCUGUACCUCAUGAACCAUAAUCUCAACGCCGAAUUCAAUGUGUUUGGCGCUGAGAUCUUGGUCCCAGCUGUGGCACUGCUUAACGAAACUAAUAACGACACGGGCUACGGCAGCUUGGGACUUGCGGCCAAUAACUGCCGCUCCGAUUGGGGACGGGCUCCCAACAUUCUCAACGUCGAUUACUACAAUUACGGUGGCUUCCCAGGCUCCGUCUUUGAAGUUGCCGCACAGAUGAACAAUGUCACAUACGACCGCAAAUGCUGCGGCUUGGUUCCAAGCUUAGCUCCUCGAACAUACCAGGCUGCCUCCAUGACAGCUCUCUUUGCUGUACUAAUGUCAGCAUUCCUCCUGUUUUAG